AUGGCAAAGCUCACCAAGUUCUAUGGGCCCUACAAGGCUCUGGGCGGCAAAUCACACAUUAACUUCGUCGAACUCUUCGAGAAAUACGGAGAUGUUGUCCGAACUGCUCCAAAUGAGCUCAUAGUGUUAUCAACGGACGCUCAACAGAAAGUCUUUGGAGUUGGUACCCGAUGCUCGAAAGAAAACACUUCUUAUGAAUCCGUGGCCUACAAAGGCUUCCAAAAUUUGGAGGCUGCGACAAAUCGUGAGGAACACCGCAAGAGACGACAAAUCUGGGACAAAGCUUUUUCUACAAAGGCCUUGGAAUCCUACGAAACCUACGCUCGCGAAACAGUAUAUGAAUGGCUGGGAAAGUUGGCAUCUCUGCAGGGCCAACCGGUUAAUACUUCAUUGUAUUCUCUCUUGAUUCCUUUCGAAAAUAUGGGCCGCAUGGGCUUUUCCAUCAAUUUUGGAUCCAUCCAAAAGGGUAAAGAGGACAUUAUGUUGCACUACCUUGAAGAAACGCUUGGUAUGAUCGCAAAACUCGGCACAAUGUGGUGGCCGAUUGCUUUGAUCAACUCGAUAGGAGGCAGCGGUGAUCACAUUGAAUUCGAAAAGCUCGCUUGUAGGAUGGUCGAUCAGAGAGAAAAGCAAGCCGAUGAUGAAAAUGAGGACAUAAUGAAAUAUAUUCUUCAGGACCAUCACUCAAAAGUUCCGAAGGGUUUUCACCAUCAUGAUCUUUUAUACGCAGACGCGCAAGUUAUCAUGGUCGCAGGGACUGAUACUAUCGGGGCAACUUUAUCAUUUGCUUUCUACCAUCUAGCCCGCGAUCCUGCCCUACGACAGAAAUUGCUUACGGAGCUUGAGCCUCUCUAUGGACGCACGUUGACUGGUGAAUUCACCAACCAUGACUUGAGCGACGCUGAAGCACCAUACCUAAACUCGAUUAUCAAUGAGACGAUGAGAUUGGAUAAUCCGACUUGUUCUAACGGUGGUCGACUUACGCCACCUGAAGGGCUCGAGGUUGAUGGUAUCUUUAUCCCCGGUGAGGUGGUGGUCUAUACACCAACGCAUGCUAUACAACGAAGCGCCAAGUACUUCAAAGACCCAAACAAUUUUAUUCCAGAACGUUGGACUACGCGACCCGAUCUAAUUAUUGAUAAGCGGGCAUACCUUCCGUUCUCUUGUGGUUCUCACAGCUGCGUGGGAAAGAAGGUUGCUAUUCUUGUGCUACGCUUGAUUUUGGCGUAUACGGUCUGGUACUAUGACUUCCAGUUUGCUCCCGGUGAAGAUGGGCUCGCCAUCCACCGAGAUUCGAUUGAUGCAUCAAUUUUGAAGCCAGGCAAGCUGGAAUGCGUCUUCUCUCAAAGGACUUGA